AUGGCUCAACUUAAAAGCUUUUUCGAUGAUGUUAAAAAGGAGUUAGAAUGUUCCGUGUGCCAGGAGUUGUUCAGUGAAGUCAACGAGCCCAAAAUUCUAAAAUGUCUCCACACUUUCUGUAAGAAUUGUCCGGAAGCUUGGUUGAGGAGGCAGCGUGAAGGACAGCUAAGUUGUCCGACAUGUCGUCAAAUCACUGAGUGUCCCAGCAGCAACAUUAACAGCCUCCCAUCCAACCUUUUCUACAAACAGAUGGUGGAGAUUGUAGAGGCCUAUAGUGGUACAGGACAAGAAGAUGAUUCACUGCAUUGUGGGAACUGUGUGGAGAAAAAGCCUCUGCAGUUUUAUUGCUUUGAUUGUAACACCUUGUGUGAGAAAUGCGCUGGUUCCCACAGCAAAUCGAAGUUGUUUAAAGGCCACCACGUCAAGGAAAUUGGUAAAUUUGAGUCAAGCGAUGUGCAAGAUUACGCCCGAAAAUCCAGCGUAUGCAAGAAACACAACGAUGAGUUAAGAUUUUGCUGUGAAAACUGCAACGUUUGCAUUUGUCGUGAUUGCGCCAUACUCGAGCACCGUGACGAUAAGAGCCACAACAUAGUUUCACUUGAGCAAGGAUUUGAAAACAAGAAAUCCGACAUAACAAGUAAAAUGAAAGACAUUGCAGCAAUUGCAAGUCGUUUAAGGGACCAAAAACAAACGUUGGAUAAGAAAAGAGCAAGGGUCCUUGGAAGCAUUGACAAAGCGACGAGUGAAAUUCACCGAGUCGCGGAACAAUGGAUCAGCUUCAUUCGCCAAAAUGAGGCAGCCAUGACCAAUAAGUUGCUCGAGCAGAAAAAUUCUUUUCAAGGUACAUUUUCUGCCCAGAUGUCCAGCUUAGACGAGAAACUCAUUGAGAUAGACAACAGCUUGGUAUUUAGCAGCGACGUCCUCGCUCGAGAAAAUCUACCAGAGAUUUUGAACGUGGAAGUAAUACUAGAUCGAAGGUUUCAAGAACUUUCUUCGGAAUUUCUCGUCAGUCUGAAUUUUUCAUGCGUUAAGUACGUUUCAAAUGAUGCAUCACUGUCAAUUAUGAACGACGCGCUUGGAAAGUUAAUCUUCACAAAAACCGACCCUAUGCUCACAACAGCAAAUGGCAAGGGACUUACCGAAGGUACUGAAGACAAAGUGUGCUCUUUCAAGAUGGAAACAAGGGAUUCGCGGAGACAAAUAACUUACUCUGAAGUAGACAAAGUCGGUGUUGACAUCCCAUCAAUGGAUACAGGAAACGUCAUAGCCCCCGAAAUAACAGACUUUAAAAAUGGCUGCUACGAAGUAAAGUACAAACCCAAGAUUGCAGGAAAAUUUGAAGUGUGUAUAACUGUAGACGGUGAAGCAAUCGUUGGCAGUCCUUUCCGACUUGAAGUGAAUAAAAAGAGAAGGCAAUCCCAACUGUCAGGUAUUGUCAAAAGUGCUUAGUCUCAGUUGUGUAAACAGAUCGGUUAGUACACUAAAGUAACAAAGAAGGUUAACUGGUUUAGCAAGUGCAAUUGGAUAUAAGAUAGAUGUCACGAGGAACACUUGCUAAAACGGAUUUAUGGCCUACAAAGACGGCUGACAAUUGAAAACUGGUUAGCUUACAAAUAAAUUAGUUCUGCCUUUCUUCUGAAACGUGUAAAUGGUUAGUCCUUGUAGUCCUUGUAGUAGGACGAAAUACUGUAGGCCCAUUUCAAGGCACUUCCUUGAUCUGUCUCUCGUGGGGCGUCAAGGAACCAUAAAGGAUAACGCCGUAACAUUUUCUGACCAUGACCAUGCAUCCUUAGUGCAAUGUUAGUGUCUAAGUUUCAUGGGGUGUGGUGCUAUGCGGGGAGGGCAACUCGCUUGGGACUUAUAUCAGUAAGAUUCGUUUGUGCCCCUUCCCAUAUUAUGAUGGGUCUUACGCAUCAUAAAGCUGGGAAAAUAUAAUUUAUGAUUAACCGAAUCUUAUUCAGGAGCGCGACAGACUAAUUAUGAACAGUGUUGAUUCGGCAAUUCGGGUCAAACCAGACAAACCUUGUUAUAGCAUGUUAGCUCAUUUUUCUUUUUGUUUCAGGGAAUAAAGUAUCAUUCUUUUUCGACUUCAUUUUAUCUUAACAUUUUAUGAAGGGUGUGUAAACAGAAGAAUAAAAAAAUAAGAAAGAAGUUUGAAAAAAAAAGAAAACAAGAAUAAGUAAUAUAAACCAAGGGGAGAAAAUGGCGGGUAAUUUUGAUUUUUAAUUUAAUUUUAGGAUAUUUACAGACGCAACAUUUAGUUCACGUACUGGACAACGAAGUGAAGUUAUCCUUAUAUCAGGGAGAUAUCACUGAUGAGCGGGUUGACGCCAUCGUCAAUGCAGCCAAUGAAUGGCUUCGGCACGGCGGUGGAGUGGCUGCUGCAAUAGUGAGCAAAGGGGGACGUCAGAUACAGGUCGAGUCUACGUGGAUAGUACAGAAGUAUGGGCCACUUGAUGUUGGCAGGGCUACUUAUACAUGUGCCGGCAAUCUUCCCUGUCGCUAUGUGAUUCACACAGUUGGUCCAGAGUGGAGGAAACAUGGGAAAGAGAACUGCAAGCAUUUUCUUCACAGAGCUUGUCUGGAAAGCCUUCAUAUUGCAGCAGUGGAUUUAGAACUUUCUUCCAUAGCUCUUACAGCAAUUAGUUCUGGUAUUUUUGGCAUGCCGAAAGAAAUUUGCGCUCAAAUUAUGGUAAGUGCAGUGGAAGCAUUUAGUUCAAGUGAAGAAGCCAAAUUCAGUACCCUGCGUGACGUGCGAAUCGUCAUCAUUGAUGAGCCGACGUUAAGCUUCUUUCAAAAAGAGUUUGUAACCCGCUAUCUUUCCCAAGAAGCAUCGCCAAAAACAAUGACUACUCGAGAAAGUCUGCCCGAUGAG